AUGACGGACCAAAUCAUCGCUGUGGAUACGAAUCUAUAUCAGGUCAGAGAUGGCGAAUACUACCCCGAUGAUUGGCAAUCCGUCCCAUCAGAUGAUCAGAUGUUCGAGACCUACGAAGCAGGACACCUAGUAGCGCUUGUUUUGGACUCAGAUAGAUCGAAUCCGCUCUUCCGAUCUCCGAUUGGUAGCAACGCCAAACACAUACUUGACCUAGGGACUGGAAAGGGUGUUUGGGCAAUUGACGUGGCCGACACAUUUCCCAACGCUUCAGCGACGGUACGUGGGGUCGAUCUCUUCCCGCCUCCCGUAUCCUGGAUGCCACCAAACUGCAUUCUAGAGGUCGAUGACGCCCUGCAAGAGUGGACAUGGCGUGAGCCAUUUGACUUGAUUCACAUGCGAAUCAUGAUCGGAUCCUUCACCGAGACGGAAUGGGAACGGGUGUACAAGCAAUGCUAUGAUAUUCUUAAUACUUGGGGAGUCAACACAAUGGAGUGUGCAAAAAAGGCGGGCCGCGAGUUGAAUGCCAUUGAUACCAUGGCGGAGAAUAUUCGCAAAGCCGGCUUUGUAGAUAUCCACGAGAAGGAACAUAAGUGGCCCAUCGGCCCAUGGCCCAGAGACAAGAAGCUUAAGGAAGCCGGUGUGGUCAACUUUCAGCACUGGAUGUCCGGCAUGGAAGGAUGGUGCUUGUGGUUGCUGACCAAAUUUGGAUCCCCACAGCCGUGGACGAAGGAGGAAGUCCAUGUUUACGUGGCGAAAAUGCGCGCGGAACUGAAAAAUCCACGGCAUCACAUUUAUCAAAGAGCACGAAGGGUUUGGGCUCGUAAACCUUUUGCGGAUGAGCUAGGGACUGAGGUUAAAAGGAGCCAUCGCCUUGAUCGCACGAGUGACUGGGGUUGA